ACUCAACAAUCUAUAUCUGUACUCUAUUAUCUGCCUGUUCAACUAUGUUCUUCACAUGCAAUUCUAGUCUUACAAUACAACAAUACCAGCAACAAGCAUGCCUACUAUUAGCUUUAACUCCUCUAGCUCUAACUAUAUCUCUAUUUCUAUCUAUAUCUCUAUCUCCAUCAUUCUAUCUAUGCUAAAUGUUCUUUCAAAUCUAUCCUAUCUAUCCUUCAUUUUCUCACCUUCUACUGAGUCAUAGUUUUGGUCAUUUGCAUGCCAUCACUUGCCAUAGGUCUCCGAACACACAUCGCCACACCAAAAUGAACUCAUUUUCCGGCUCUGCCUCAGAGCCACUAUUUCCUCACUCGACACUCGACUUCUACUUCGACUCUUCAACUUUCUCAUUUCUCCUAUCUGCCAUCUCUUUCCGCCGUCCUCUGCUGCUUCUGCAUCUGUCACUUUCUAGCGCUCUACUUUCCCAAAAACCCCACUGCUACUCACACCCUGUAAUUCUCCGUAAUGUUAAAAUAUUUUUUUUCAAUAUCUUAACUCCUUAAGCGUACUUUAUGCAUCCGAGCGACUCGAACCGCUUGUCGGCCCGAUUGGUGUCGGGCUCUCCUGCCCUGUGGACCUAAACAGAUUUUUAAUUAUCAACUUAAAAAUACCUUGUUUGUGACAUUUGGAGGGCUCUCUAGCCAACGGCCGCAAGUUUCGAGUCGCCAGCACGUCGCACUUUAAUUUAAAUAUUUUAAGCAAAGUCGUACGGCGCUUUCACAACUUUGUAACUCCGGCAACAGUAGUAAGAUGAUGAUGAAGACGAAGAAGAAGCGUGAAGCUGCAGAUGUGGAUAAGUCACAGAUCACAAAACUCACUCACAAAAAAUGUAAAUUCCAUAGAUUACAAUACCCCUCUCUCUGUCACACAUGCAUGUCAUUAAACAAAAAAAUGAUGAAAAACAAUACACAAAAAAAGUUGAAAAAACACAAGCAAGGAAGAUUAAUAAAUAAAAAAUCAAUGAAAAAUCAAGACAAGUCUCUAUAAUUUAUGGCAUACCAUGGGGUGAAAGCGAAACGACAAAACCGAAAGCUCUAUGCAUAAUUCCAAAACGAAGACGAAAACUGGCCGUUGACAAGUCCAUCUUGGGUCGAAAUGCUUUCAUUUCAAGUGAAAUUGAUUUGCGACCCAGUUGCCCCAGCGAAUUUCAAAGAUUUGCCCGUUAAUAGGUGUAAAUAAUUAUGACUGGGGUCUGGCCAAGACAGGUUAACAAAAAUCCAAUAAACCCCGCAGGCUUUUGAUGGCAACAGAAAAAGCCAGAGCAACGGCAACAUCGGCAACAGCCACCGACAGUGAAAGUAAACAGUUAGGAAACCGAAACAGCAGUCAAGACCCCAAACCGCCGAGCCACCACGAUUGCAGUGAAAAGUUUCAGAAAUUGUGGCACAUGGCCAAGACCAAAACAGCAUUUUCCAAGCCGCUCUAAAUGUGGCCAAGUCGCCGCGGCCCAACGAAUGCCGGCGAAAACAAAAGACAGGUUAAUGCGCAUUAAUGUUAACAACUCAUUUGAGCAGCUGCCAAGCUUGAGCAAACAUUGACUGACCACUGUCAGUCUUAUUUUUUUGGUUUGUGGCGGACGCCGCUCACUUAAUCAAAUGGAAAUUACGAAAAUUUUGGGCUACGCUCGGUUGGAAAUUAUCUCAAAGAGACCGCUUGGUGCCACCAAAUGUCAGUCGAGACUUAAAAAUCGCCCAUUUAGAGGAUUUACACGGAAUUGGGCAUGCUUUUGUGCUUUGGGAUUUUUUCGUUUUAAUCAUAGGAUGAAAUUUAUAAUGGGCUGCCGGCCGACAUGCGAUUUUUCCGCCACAGGUAUAAAAUGCAUAAGAUCCACCGGCCAGCACUCAGUUGAGCACCCAAAGAGCAGCGCCCGGCGUCAUCUCUCCAGUUUAUGCCUCACCCCAAGGAUCGCCCAAGGAUCCUCUUCUCGUCCAGCUCCGAAUAGCAACAGACAGCACAGUCAUGAUCAAGUACGUUUGGCAUGUGGCGGCCCUGAUGAUCGUCUUUUGCUGGCUCUCGAGUGCCCGCAGUGCCAGCUACCAGCAUCAGAACCUGAACAGCCUGAGCUCGGCCCCCAAGCCCCAAGUCCCAGCCAAUAACCCCGGAUUGGGUUCUACGGGCUUCUGGAAGGACAUGUCGCUGGUGUACCGCAUCUACCAGCAGUGCACUGGCGAUAACAUGUCCGUUUGCCUCAAGGUCAAACUGCUAACCGGUUUGGAAAAGGCCUUCCGAUCGGCCAAGACUCUGUCGCUCACGGAGGGGAUUCAGUUUGUGAGUUCAGGCGGCGAAAGUGAGGAACCUAAGAGGGCUCCCAUCAACGAACAAGACAUUGAAUCCGUCUUGCCAAGGAGCGUGGACGCCAAGGAGCAGGUGCUGAACAACAUGAUCCUGAAGCGGGUGGGAAACUUCCUACAGGAUCAUACUCUGCAGGUGAAAUUUGACUCCGAGGCAAAUUCGGUGGAGGGUCGCAAGAAGAAGGAGAAGAAGGGCAGCGGCGCCAUGAUCAUGAUCCCCCUGCUGCUGGGCGGGACCAUCGUGCCCCUGGCAUACGGAGCACUGGCCAUGUUGGCGGGCAAGGCGCUGAUUGUGUCCAAGCUGGCCCUGGUCUUGGCCUCGAUCAUCGGCAUCAAGAAGCUCCUGAGUGGAGGCGGCGGCGGAAAGGAGUCCUCCCACGAGGUGGUCGUCUCCUCGGGCAGCCAUUCCGGCUGGGGUCGGGAGCUGGACACCGCCUACAGUGGCUGGAAGCCGGCGGCCAAAGAAUCGGCGGGCAGCGCCAAGAGCCUGUGA